CUUGAACAAGCAGAAACUCUUAAUUGACAUUUACGCUGUAUACUAUAUUGACGGCUGAAGGCCUGGAGAUAGGAGAAUGGAAGUCACUCUUGGCGGGGAUGGUGCCCCAGCUGACCGAGUCGCAACGCUGCUGAAGGGCCUUAACUUGUCAUGCACACCAUCAGCUCAGGCGGGCAUUGUUCAGCUGUACUCGGAGCUUAAAAGCAGUUAUGAGGCGCAAGAAUGUGCAGCGCCAGCGGAGUACACGGCGGAUCAAGACGAGGACGUCAAGCAGGCUUGCAAACUAGCUAGCUUGUUCUUCGUUGCGCGCGUCUUGUACGCUCAGGAGCAGGAUGGGGAGCAGCACUCGGGCAACCUUGGCUGUUCGAUAUCACGAAUUGUGACAGCCGCUGGUAUCAACCUGCUGGACUUCUUCCGGGAAGUCAACGUCGUGGUUAGCAGGCUUUCGACCUUUUUCGAGGCUCGUAACAGCAGCUCGAAGCUCUUUAGCCAGCAAGCGCAGCUAAAAGAGAACUCAGAGACGGUGGUCGUGAUGGGCUUGUUGGCGAAGAAGUACAAGGACAACUUCAACACUUUCCUGCACCAGUUGGACUACUACAAACAAGUUGUGCUCCGGCUGGGAUGGAACGCUUUCCUGGUGCUCCGAGUAAAGCUGCUUAGCGCCUUUCCUGACGUCGUAAGCUGCGUGGAGCUGCUACCCUGCAUCUUCGCCAUCCUCGCCAGCCAUGCGCCUCGGCUACCUGACUCCCUCUCGCACAUUAAGGGCGACGAGCGCGCAUCGCUCCUCCUCAAGUGCAUGUCAGAGAUGUGCAAGGCGGACUUUAAGCGCGUGCAGGCGCGCAUGCCGAGUGUGGAGGCGCUGCUUAUACAGAUUUUCACCUCAGCUGUGCCUGAGUGGCGCACCGCCAUGGCGGAGGCCAAGGCGCAGGCGGCGCAGCCCGCCGCCGCCGGCUCGGACACCCCGUCACUCGGAGCCGGCCUGGACCUCGUCUCCAGCCCUGUGCUAAAGGGCCUCGUCACGGACCACGAGCGCAUGAAUCGCGUGGUGGCAGCCCUGGAGCAGGAGUACGAUCAGCACUACUCGCGCGGCGGCCAUGAGCUGGACGAGCGGGAGUUCCUUUCCACGGACUUUACAAAGUUCGCCUCGCCGCGCUUCUCGCCCGGGCAAAUGCACUCGGUGAUGAGCAAGUUCCGCGGUGGGCCCAUGCCGCUGCGCCCGGGCUCGCUGUUGGGUCCUGGCGCCCACAUGACGGCGCCCGCGCACACGUCCUCGCAUCCGCUCCACAUGAUGAUGCCGCCGGGGCUGCACUCGCCGCUGCCCAUGAUGCACCUGGGGGUGGGGCCGGGGCAGCCGGGCACCCCGGUGUCGGAGGCGAUGGGUGCCUCCGCCUGGCUGCGCGGCGUCACAUCCAGCCUGGCGGCAGAGCCCUCGCCGGCGCUGCAGCGUUUCCUUACCGUUGUCCCAGCGGCCCCGGCCGCAGCCGCCGCAGCCCCUGCCGGCCCCCACCCAGCUCCCUCCUCGGUCGCGCAGCAGCUCAGCCGCCGCGUGCGCGACAUGGUAGCUGCGGUCAUCCCGGACGAGACGGUUCCCUCGCUGCUGGGGCCCUUCCCCCUGCUGCAGCCCUCGCUGGGUGCUGAGCGGCGCAGCGAGGCCAUCAAGCUCUACUACCUCAGCCUGGAGUCCAUCCUGGUGGCGGAGGAGAAGGCCAGCGGGCUGAGCGGCGCGAUGUCGCUGCUGUCGAGCACCAAGUUCCACCGCGGGCUGAUUGCCUGCUGCGUGGAAAUCGUGGCGGCGUGCUACCGCAUGGUGUCGUGCGCCUUCCCCAAGGUCCUGGACUCGCUGCGCAUCAAGGCAUUCGACAUGGCCAAGAUGAUCCAGAGCUUCGUUAAGAGCGUCAGCACCCUGCCGAGGGAGCUCAAGCGUCACAUGUUCCUGAUUGAGGAGAAGAUCCUGGAGUCGCUGGCAUGGGAGCCCGGCUCCUCGCUCUACCACCUGAUCGUCAAUGUGCGCAGCGAGAACGACGCACCUCCGCCAGCACCAGCUGCUGCGUCAGCCGCGCAGGGGGCUGCGCCGGCGGCUGCCAACAGCAGUGGAGGGAGCGAGGAGCAGCAGCACACCGACGCCGAUGGCAGCAAGACCGACUCGUCCGCAGUGCCGGGGCCGCCGCCGUCUCCCAAGCGGACGCAAGCCUCUGCCUUCACGGAGAUGAUGUCUCCCGCCAAGAAAGCUCGCGGCGUGGACGGAGCGGCGCAUGCCACCCAGAUCUUCACCCAGCCGCUGCCCAGCUGCAUCGGACCGCGGCCGCAGGGAGCCACGGCGCCCGGCGGCAGCGCGGGGGCGCUGUAUGAGUUCUGUCGCAAGGUGCUGAAGCUGUCGGCCUUCCGUCUGGCCAUGAUGUGUGACAACUUCGACUUCUCCCCUCUGGACCGGGUGGAGGUAAACAGCAAGGUGUACGAGACCAUUGAGCACGCGCUGUUCCACCAGACCCACCUGUACUACAACCGCCACAUCGACCAGGUGAUGCUGUCGGCGCUGUACGGCUACUGCAAGGCGCACAAGCUGGCGCAGGUGUCCUUCCGGGAGAUCAUUGCGCACUACCGCAAGCAGCCGCAGGCGCAGCAGGCAGUCUUCCGCUCCGUCGUCAUUGAGCAGUCCAACCCUGGGCUGCAGAUUGGUUCCCGUGCCGACAUCAUUGCCUUCUACAACCAGGUCUUUGUGCCCGCCAUGAAGUCCUUCCUGCUCAAGGGCGAGUCGGGUGGCGUAGGCGGCGACACACCGGUGCCCCCGCCAGCCCCCACCAUCAAGGUCCCGGUACCCGGCCUGCCGCCGCUGCCCCGCUCUGCUAGCCACUCGCCGCGCGGGCCCCCCCGGCUGCCACCCACCUUGUCUGCUCCGCUGCCCGCCACGAGCCAGCAGGACAGCCACGAGGGCAGAGAGUCGGCGGAUAAGGCGUCGGUGGUGCGGGAUGGCGGAGGCAAGGCGGUUGCAGAUGGCGUGAAGGUUGAAGUCGCGUCGGCGAUGCCGCACGCGCCAGCAAGUCGCAUCAGCCAUGCGGCGCCUGUUGCGCACCCGCCCAGCAAUUCCCAGAUGGGGUCUGUUGCGGGGACGCGGCACGCGCCGCAGGCAGCAGCGGCGGUGCAGGGGGCUGCGGGGACACAGAAGGGACCCGGGGCCCGGGCGAAAGCGGCGCCUGCAGCUGAGCACAAGAUUCCGGAUGGCUUGGCCGCGCUUCUUCAGGCUCUGGACAGCCAGCAGGGCGCAGACAACCAGGCGGACGGGGAGGAAGGCGAGCCGGCGGAGCAAGGGGACGAGGGGGCGGCAAUGGGCCUGGACACCUCGAUGACCAUGGCAGCCCGGGAGCGCGCCGUCGCUGCGGGCCGAGAGCGCCGGAGCGCCCGUUUCCUGGAACGCAGGGAGGAGGACCACAUGGACACCGACCCACGGGUCGCUGCCCCCGCGGGCGAGCACAUCGCGAUGGCGGCAGGCAGGCGCCACCGCACCCCCAACAGGAGGUACGACAGUUAAACAGCUGAACAGCUGGAGCUGUGUGUCCUGAGUAGGAUACACCUGCGGAUCUAAUGCUGGGAAGACUUGUGAGGCUCGAUUCUUACCUAACGGCCGCUGUUCCCCAGCACAACUACUACUGGUAUUGCUUACUGCCAACAAACCGCGUUAAGGUUCCGGCAAGGUAUCGGGUUUGGGACAUCCCGUGUUUAAUAAUGAGGACAGACUUUGGACCCUGGGAUUGGAAGCAGGUCAGAAAGCGUUGAUAGGUCUAGCCUCUAGCGUCAAAUGCUUGCAAUAGCUUUUGUUAUCAGAUGUGUAGAAUGCGCUGUCCUCGCCAGUGGCGUUUAGGUAGUUAUUGUCUGGUAUUCAUACCAUCGGUGAGCAAGCGAGUUGUUAACGAAGCUGUGAAUGUCACCGAUAUGCAUGCAUACUUGACAGAUCUCCUUGCGAUGCAGUGUCCUCUCUUUCUCGAGGUCGUGGUUUGCUAUAGAACAAUCCAGGUGUUCGUUGCAGACAGAACAGUGCUUGUUAGAGUAGAGACUUGGCAGCGCGCAUCCUUGCAUAAUUCGCUCGGUUGUUGGCUAAGGGGCUCGGAACAAUGAAGUUAUGAGACUUCGUGCCAUUUCCUUGAGCUUUGCGUUUCGUGUUCUGGGGGGUCCAUGAGCCCGCCUGGAGUGUGACGUGAUGGGGAAGACCGCAUGCUUGUCUGUUGCUUAACGGUCGUUAGCUCAUUACCUUUUGUUGCAUAUCGAUAUCGUUGCUAGUUGCCGAUGCACACUUGUUGCUUAUCAUAGACAGGGGUUGUUUGAAGCUUUAGCAUGGGGAGCGCCACAUGCGUUCGCCCGGAGGUAGGAUGCAGGGGACUUUGGCGCAUGCUGUAAGCAGCAGCUGUUGUUUAGCGAAACAGACGGCACUCCCGUGAUUACGGAGGACCC